AGAUAUUCGUCCAGGCGGGGGCGCUAUGGCAUCAAAAACAGGAAGAGAGAAGACUAAACAAAUCGAGUGUCGAGUGCUCGAUGACAUAACUCGAUAAUCGUUGCUGCCUGUGUUCGUCUUGCGCGAGAUUCGAACUUUUUGUCGACGUCAACAACUCUGUUUUAGGGUGAUGAGAUCAGUACCUCCCAAAAACUCCUCUAAAUUGUUGGAGGGCCUCAGUGAGCAUAUUCAGAAAAGCUCCAGGCCCAAGAACAAAGUUACAAAUUACCAGCUGAGAAGUCAGGGAUGGAGGUCGUCGUUAAAGAAAACCCAGGUUGAUGGCUGUGAGGCUGGCUCCGAUCAAGACAGCAAAUCCGACAUGAUUAGUAUUUCUGACGAAGAGGGUGUUGAGAGGAGCAGAAGCCCUGUGGAACCGGCUGAUACUGAAGAGGAUGGGUCCAAUGAGGCCUGCUGGUCGGAGUGCAGCAGCGUCGCUUCUGGACCUUCCUCCCGACACGAUGCGGCUUUGAAGGAACCGGCAUCUUCACAAGCUGUGUGCUCCAUCUGUCACAAGCUCUACCAAAAGGCGAGGAGAAUGAGGGCUCCAAUUAAAGAUAAACUUUUAGACAAAGAUCCCAAUUCGUUGUCAUGUGACCAGUGGAUUCUGCUUAAAAAGAUAAAGCCCAAAAAGCUGACUGCUACCAAAACAAUUGAAAGCCUCAGACUGGAACAGAGAGAACGUGGAGAGAGACAGAGAGAGUCUUCAACGUGCUCAAGGCCUCACAUUUUCCUUCAGAGAAAUCUUCAACGGUGCAUCAAAAAUCCCUCAAGAAAAAUGGAAAGGAAGAGGAAAAAGAGGAAAAGGAGGGGAUACAAUACCCAGUAUUCUUCUGUUGCUAAGAAACAGCAUUUCCAAAUUCCCGACCAGAUCAUCGGCGGUUACGACAACUGCGCAGACGGCUCUUUUUGUAGCGGCUUUGGUUUGGCCGACUGCAGCGGUCUAAGUGUGGACCACGAAGCUGCUUUGGAUCUGACUGAGGAGAUGCUUUUGCCUGCGAGCCCAAAAACCAGCGGGAUCAUGGGAAAACGGGGCACAGAGAAGAAAGAAGCAAAAACUAAGACUUGCUUUAGAGAUCUGCUGACUCAGUGUCUGUGCAACAGCAGCGUAAUUGUCCGAGAACGACGUUAGCGGGGGAACCUUUUACAACAACAAAAAAGUUAUUUUUUUAAAACCGAUUCAGUAAAUUAGAUUUCUGAAUGUUUUUGCCUUCACUCCUUUUAUUGGUCUUUUUUUCUGACCUGUUCUUUUUGGCUCCUUGUUUUCAUCUUUCCUUUAAUUUUAAUUUUUACACUUGCUAUACAUGCUUUACUGUUCUCAGCUGAGUGUUUUUGCUCUGUCUGCUGGAUUUCCUCUAUCUCAGUCCAGAAUGGUGCAUUUCAGGUUACCUGCUUCUCUUGAUGACUUUUUCAGUGACCUUUUUAAGAAUAUAUGAAGCAAGAAGGCUGAGCUUAUUUUAGAAAAUUGUCAAUCAACUUGAAAUGUUUUCUGCACAAAUACUAAUAAAAUAUGUAAGUUCAGGAUUAAAGAGCCACUCCAAUGAAACAUUUGUUUUUGUUCUUUUGGCUACUGUUGUCAAUCAAUCUCUAUGCUGCUUCUCCUGUACAGAUACAUGCAGUUGUUACUUACCUUUUUUGGAGCUUAGACAGGUUAAACAAGAGGUAAAAGUGUGAAAAAUGUCUAAAGUGUAUCAAAUGGGUAUUGAGGGGUUUUUACUGACUUCAAACAUCUGUAAUCCUGCUUUGCUGUUAUUUUUAGACCUCACAAUAAACAAGGGACUACUA